GGGAGGCUUCUACAUGACCAGGGAUCAGCAGCUCUAACUAUUAUUCACUCCAGGACUGUUUGAUAUGGUGUUUGCUCUACUCACUUCUGAAUGAAAAUGGAGAUAUAUGGUGUCCUGCUUAUGCUCUCUUUUAUUGUGAGUACUGAGACUCAAGUUGAGCACAGGGAUGCUGGUUUUUUUGGAUGUUCUGAUACAGAGAAAGAAUUUUUGUUUGGAUUUGAUGGAGAGGAACUGUUCCAUUCAGACUUUAUUAGAAAGGAAGGAGUAGUGACACUGCCUGACUUUGCAGAUUCUGUUGGCUUUGCUGGAUUUUAUGAGAAUAGUGUUGCUCAAAUGGAGGUCUGCAAAAACAACUUGGACGUAGACAUUAAGGUUUACAAACCCUCAGUUGAACAACUAGAUCCCCCAGAUACUUCCAUCUAUUCAAAAGAUGUUGUGGUGCAGGAUGUUGCGAACACCCUCAUCUGUCAUGUGACUGGAUUCUUCCCUCCACCUGUCAAUGUGUCAUGGACUAAAAACAAUCAGAUUGUGACAGAGGGCGUGAGUCUAAGCCAGUACCGCAGAAAAAAUGACGGCACCUUCAACAUCUUCUCUACUCUGAAGUUCACACCAAAAGAGGGAGACAUUUACAGUUGCACUGUGUACCACAAAUCCAUUCAAGGCCGACCUAAAACCAAAACAUGGGAAGUAGACGUUGCCCUCCCAAGUGUUGGUCCAGCAGUGUUCUGUGGAGUGGGUCUGACUCUUGGUCUGCUGGGAGUCGCUGCUGGAACUUUCUUCCUCAUUAAAGGAAACAACUGCAACUGACAGCUCUGAUUUAAAAAUUAACACAUUCUUAUUUUAUCUUUCUCCUUCAAUGAAAGUUUUGUAAAUUAAGCUUUUUUUUUACUAAAUACAAUAAUUUUGUGUGGCAUUGAACAUGGCAAACAAUGUGUACAUUUUGCUUGGGUCCUAGUCGAAUGAUUGUUCUGACACAGCAUGAUUUUCUUCCAUUUGUUCCAAUAUUUGUUCAAAUAUAAUAAAGACUCAAAAUUA